AUGAAGACUGUGCUAGUGGCGGUGGUAGUGGCGUUGGCCACCCUGCAGUGCACCGGAGUUGAGGGUAUGUUGCGUGAAGCAUGGUUCGAGACGCGGGUCGAUCACUUCAACGCCCGGAACCAGGACACGUUCGGUAUGCGGUACUACAUCAACGAUGAGCACGCUUACGCCCGCGGUCCCAUACUGAUUGUGGUCGGUGGAACGCAAGCCAUCCAGACGCGACACAUCACCGAGGGAUUGUUCUAUGACAUUGCCUAUCUCGAGGGAGCCUAUCUGUUCGCGAACGAACUCCGUUACUUUGGCCAAAGCCUGCCGGUCGAUGAUGCGUCGGUGGAAAACAUGGACUUCCUCAAUUCCGACCAAGCGUUGGUCGAUCUGGCCGAAUGGAUAGCGUACUUGAAGCAGAACUUUGUGAGCAAUCCGAACGCUAAGGUAAUUCUGAUGGGCAGUGGGUCUGGUGGUACGCUAGCGACGCGGUUCCGCCAAAAGUACCCACACCUGGCCAAUGGUGUCUGGGUGUCCAGUGGGCCGAUCGAGGCCGACUUUGCGUUCGUCGGCUACAACGAGCUCCUCGGUGAGAGUAUACGCCAGUACGGCAGCGAUGCGUGCUACAACACCAUUUGGACUGGAUUCCGGGUUGCACAGAACAUGAUCACCCUUGGGUUCUCCGAUCUGCUUUCGACCGGGUUUCACCUGUGCGACCCGCUCGACACGGACGCCGAGCUGGACGUGACCGCGUUCCUGCUCGGUUUGCGCGAUGACGUUGAGUUCGAGAUGCUGCAUCUGCGCAACACAAAUUCAAUUCGGGAGAUGUGCGAGGAGCUGGUCCAGGAACGGAACACCAGCCUUGACGCCCUGUUCGACUGGUUUGCUCGGGAGCACCAAUUCGAGCAGUGUGUCCACUUAAACUUCGAGUCGUACAUGGAACGAUUCGUCGAAACCGAUUUCAACACCGCAAAUCUACAGGCGGGCCAUCGCCAACGGCUGUACCUGCAGUGCACGGAGGAUGGUUUCUUCCCGACGACGGAUCAAUCGGAAGAGCAACCGUUCGGCAAUCAGAUCGGCACGUCCUUCUUCGUGGCAAUGUGUCAGCACGCUUUCGGCGAGUGGAUAACUGAGGAUAUCAUCGUGCGCCAAAUUCGCUCUACGAAUGCUCGUUUCGGUGGACGUCAGCCUGCCAUCGAGAGAGCCCACUUCACCAACGGAGGUGUUGACCCGUACCGUGUCGUCAGUCCGCUGGAAGAUUUGAAUGCGAACACUCCGGCUACCCUAAUACCUCACGUGUUCGACUCGGCCGACCUGGAAUCGAUCGACUACGAGCACGACUCGGCGGAGCUGAUCGCGGCUAAGGAGCGGACAAGGACGCUCAUCGACAUCUGGAUAUACGCGGAUUUUGAACCGAUAACGAAGCACGAAGCAUAA